AUGCCGAGGACAAAACCUCUGAGACCUCUUUCAGAGAUUAUCGCCUCGAAGCUGCAGUUCGCAGUCGAUGUUCUCAAGAAUGCGCCGAGCAUGAUGGUCCUUGAGACUCAGCUUCCUUGGUGCCAUUCACAACUUUAUAAAAAGUAUAUGCCCAGGGCAAUGCAAGAUGCUUAUUCCUGCUGCUCCCUGUACAUGUCCAGGAAUGAAACCAACACACCCGUUAUAAUGUCUUUACUGGAUGCUCGAACCGACGACCUUUUAUCUACUCCACAACCGACAACACUUAUAGAGCUUCUCGCCCGUGCGCAUGCUCUGCUUCUCUAUCAAAUAAUGCGUUUAUUUGCCGGUGAUGUUCGCUCCCACGCAACUGCCAACGCUCUCUUCGGAACACUAGAGUCUACUGUGAUUGAUCUCUAUGGAAAUCUCUAUUUCCCCUCGCCCUCAGAAUCUAAAGAGCUGCUUCCACUAUCCAUGGAUCCGAUAAUUGAGUUUUGGGAGUGGUGGAUUGUACAAGAAUCGGCUCGACGGACGAUACUUCUUACGUUCUUUUUCAUCCAGAUAUACAAAGUCUUACAAGGCAAUCCUUCUGUGCACUGUGAUGGAAAGCUUGGAAUAACGUCGCAUUCAUGGUAUCUCUCUGCACAACUGUGGAAUGCUCAGAGUGCGUUUGACUUUGCAGUGGCUUGGGCAGAAAAGGAUCACUUUGUUGUUCGUGACCUCGAUUUCACUGCGGCCCUAGAGAAUGCCCAACCGGAUGAUGUUGAUCUCUUUGGGCGGAUGCUUAUGGUCACUUUACUUGGUAUUGAUGGUGCGAAAGCGUGGUUCUAUUCGAAAGGUGCGAUAAUGUGA